AGAAGAAGACAAAAUUCGUGUGGCGAAAUGUUCAUUGGACUUUUUAAAGUGUUGUCUGAGUUCCUCCACACAUUUUGGCUGUCCUAUAAUGUCACAAGCAGCGAGUUCCGAUGAGGAAACCGACUUUCAAGUCGUCAGCUUUACAAAUUACCAGCGCGUUCGCGAUAAAAUUGGAAAGAUAAGCUAUGCUGAUGGUAUUGCCGAUGGACGGGAGCAAGUCUUUCAAACUAGCUUCGAUCAGGGCUAUGCGGAUGGACUAAACGUUGGCCUGGAAUUGGCCAAAUUUCACUCCUUUUUCGACACACUUGCAGCAGCGGGCACUAAGGAUGAAAGUAUAUUAAAGGAACAAAAGGCGUACAAGGAGUUGAAUCUCCCGAAAGCCACAGAUAAACAGCACUUUAAGUACUUGGAUCAUCAAAACGAACCACUGACCGUGGUGUCGGAGAAGCAGGGCAUCUACACGGACGACUUAUUGGGUAAAUGUGCCGCAUCACUGCCAAUGACUGCGAAUUUAUUCAUUUCCAGGGAUUCAUCCUAGUGUUGAUCCGGUUUAAUGUAUACAAAUGAUUGGGAAUUAUCAAAAUUAACUGAACAUA